AGAAAUAAUUUCAGGCAGACUUACUCCUUCCCACCUCUCUAAUACAAAUCCCAAGUGACAUUUUGUACAGAAGAAGGCGAUUCUAUUCACGAGGCGGCUGUUAUGCUGGGAGCAGCAGCCUCAGCCAGCGCAGGGAGCAACUGGGAGCGAGUUAAAUCCGGAUCUAUUCGCGACCCCGUCCUUUGCCGGAGAAUCAUGGGAGGACUGACCCCCUCUCUCCUUCUUCUACUUGCACCAUCCCGCCACUCCCUUGCCUUCUCAUAAGCCUCUCUGUCCUGAAGCGUUUCCUGGAAAAGAACUCCGGGAGGCGGCGUUGCCAGACAUACUCACGUUGUCCAAACCAGGGUUUCCGCGUCCGGGUCGGUGCUGCUGCUGUCUCUGCCACUGCAGCCCAGGCGAUCGCGGGGUGGGCCUAGUGGCUCUCAAAACAGCGGCAGCGAGACGCGGCGGCCUCUUUGCCCGAUUUGAAUCGGAAGCCAUGGCACUCUGGUGUCGGCCUCGCUGUUGCUGUUGCUCAUGUGCCGCUUCGUCCCGGACGGCGAGACUCUUGAGCAGCUUGCGAAGCUCCGGCUUGGACAGCAGCGGCGGCGGCGGCACCAACAAGCAGCCCGGCGAUGAACUGGCGGCGCUGCCGGCAUUGAAGACGGCCCAGAAAUCUAGUUUUUUAGGGGAAAGACUGUGUCUAUUUUUUCCAAAAAUGUAUAGUAUAUGUUGGCGUUUUGCUAGAUUUCAACAUACAACAGUGCAAACUCAUUGCUUUGGUAAAACGGUCAGUGAUGAACAAUACAAAGAUCCUUUUAAACUUGGAGGAAAAGACUUGAAAAAUCUCUAUGAGGAUAUUAAAAAGGAAUUACGGGUUUCUACUACAGAACUUAAAGAAAUGUGUGACUACUACUUUGAUGGUAAAGGGAAGGCCUUUCGACCAAUUAUUGUGGCACUAAUGGCCAGAGCAUGCAAUUUUCAUCAUAAUAAUUCUGGAGAAGUGAAGGCAAACCAGCGCUCCAUAGCAUUAAUUGCAGAAAUGAUCCAUACCGCUACGCUAGUUCAUGAUGAUGUAAUUGAUGAUGCUAAUUCACGAAGAGGAAAGGUUACUGUUAAUCAAAUCUGGGGGGAAAGGAAGGCAGUCUUAGCUGGUGAUUUUAUCCUUUCUACAGCAUCUUUAGUUUUAGCACGUAUUGGCAACACAACCGUCCUUUCUCUAAUAACGCAAGUGAUUGAAGAUCUGGUGCGUGGUGAAUUUCUCCAGCUGGGUUCCAAAGAAAAUGAAAAUGAGAGAUUUUCUCACUACCUCGAAAAAACGUUUAAGAAGACUGCAAGUCUUAUAGCACACAGCUGUAAAGCAGUUUCUGUACUAGGCUGUCCUGAUCCAAAAGUUCAUGAAAUUGCAUAUCUAUAUGGAAAAAACCUUGGGAUAGCAUUUCAGCUGGUAGAUGAUGUGCUGGAUUUUACAUCGUGUUCCGAACAGCUAGGAAAGCCUGCAUCAGCGGACCUUAAACUUGGAAUAGCCACUGGACCCGUCUUAUUUGCUUGCCAGCAGUUCCCAGAAAUUAAUGCCAUGAUAAUGAGGCGAUUCACAUACCCAGGUGAUGUCCAACGUGCCCAGGAAUUUGUACUACAGAGUGGUGGCAUACAGCAAACAAACUACCUCGCACAGCGCUAUUGUCAUGAGGCAGUGAAGGAAAUUAGCAAGCUCCGACCAUCCCCGGAAAGAGAUGCCCUUAUGCAGCUGGCGGAGAUUGUCUUGUCUCGAGACAAAUAAUCAUCUUCUUCCUGGUGAUUCUGGCAGCUAUUUUACCAGACUGUGCCUAAACUGUUUCAGAACAUCUUGGCUUGCUUCUGGUGGAGUUCCCAUUUUUUU